AUGCCCGCCGCUCGGCAGGGGAGGCGGCGCCUUGCCGGUCAGGGGCGCGCACGGCAGCGCGGUGGGCCGCCAGCGCGCGCGGGCGACGACGACGACGACGACGACGACGACGACGACGACGACGACGACGACGACGACGACGACGGACGGGCUCGCGCUACCGGCGGUCGCCAACGCUUUCGCCUGGCGCUGGGGCAACGGGCGGCGCAGGACGCUUGCGAGAGCGUUCUGCGCGACCGCGCUGAGCGCGUCAGGGGGUUUCUGUCGCUUCGCCACGUUCCGGGUGGCGGCAGUUGCCUGUACCGCGCCGUAGCGGGGGCGCUUGGCGACGGCGAGGACUAG